AUGCCGUCCUGCCAGGAAGAGCCUCUCACUAUCCUUCCAACAAUGGCAUCUCACAACCUCGCACCACCUUGGCAUCUGUUCCAUACCCGAGUCAACUUUGAGCAAACAGAAAUUAUAUUGAUGUUGCAGCCUCCAGACAAUCAUGCUGUCACUCUCAAGUCAGCUCGUGAGAUGCAUGCCAUUUUAUGUGAUGUCUCGACUGCCUUGACCUAUGUCAUGGAGACUAUUAAAAUUCUGUUUUUGAAUCAAGAGACGCGGAGUUAUUCAGUUCGGUUCAAAGAUCCUCUCAGUGUGAUCUUGGAUAUACUAGAGGAUGAGAAAAUGCACAACAGAAUCAUGCUAUACCCUGAAAGUACUGGGGAGUUUAUCUAUGGGUUGGAAACAUUCUCAAGGCUGAUCAAAACGAUUGAGGUCCAAGGAGAUGAUCAAUUUCAAGCUGGGAAGAAAUAUGCCGUAUGUGUUAACUUGUGGGUCAAUUCCGCAGUCUUACACCUUAUUCAUUCUAGUAAAGCAAGUGAUAGCCUACUGCUGCCAGAAAGGGAGGGCAAGGAGAAGGAGGAGGAGGAGGGGGAGGAGGACUACACCCAUCUUAGAAAUGAUCCUCUGGCCAAGGCACAGGUGGAGGAAAUUUGA